CCUUUCCUCACACGCGUUCUGUCUCUAUGCUCUAGCGGCCUCGUAUUGUCUUUCAGCUCCACUCGCUCAAAUCAGAAGAUCCCUAAAAAUACCCCAAUUCUCCCUUUACCAAACUAGUAGAGAGAUGGACACGGAUGUGACCAUGGUCCCAGCCGGUGAGGCCAGCUCGAGCGGCGCCGGACCCUCAUCCUCUACCAAGAAACCCAAACGAUUCGAAAUCAAGAAAUGGAAUGCCGUCGCUCUUUGGGCAUGGGAUAUUGUGGUGGAUAACUGCGCAAUCUGUAGGAACCAUAUUAUGGAUCUCUGCAUCGAGUGCCAAGCGAAUCAAGCAAGUGCUACAAGCGAGGAGUGCACUGUUGCCUGGGGUGUGUGCAAUCAUGCAUUCCACUUCCAUUGCAUCAGCCGAUGGCUCAAAACCCGCCAAGUGUGCCCUCUUGAUAAUAGUGAGUGGGAAUUCCAAAAGUAUGGCCACUAGAAUCUAUGGCAGCAAGGAGGGUAGCUGGUUAAUUCAAAUCAGCACCUGAAAGGAGAGGGGCAGCCAAUGAUGUGUCUCCAGUAACGCAACAAUGUAAUAGAUCAUUUUAAGUAUGGUAUCGGAUAGUGUUUGCCGAUGAUGCGUCUCCGGUAACUCAACAUUGUAAUAGAUCAUUUUAGUAUGGUAUCAGAUAGUGAUUGUUUCUGAAUUUUCCCAGCAGUCUUUGGACCCAAUUUGUAGGGUCGGGUACAGUUUCCUCAUGACAAUUAUAUCAUUUUGUGACGCAAUGUUAUGAUCUUGGAUUAUGUUUGCUUAA